CGGGGCCCCGCUGGCUCCUCGGCGUCCGCGGGCGACGGCGACGGCGACGGCGACAGCAGCGGCGACAUGGAGAGCGGGGCCUACGGCGCGGCCAAGGCGGGCGGCUCCUUCGACCUGCGGCGCUUCCUGGCGCAGCCGCAGGUGGUGGCGCGCGCCGUGAGCCUGGUCUUCGCCCUGAUAGUGUUCUCCUGCAUCUUCGGCGAGGGCUACAGCAACACACACGAGUCGCACCAGAGGUACUGCGUCUUCAACCGCAACGAAGACGCCUGCCGCUACGGCAGCGCCAUCGGCGUGCUGGCCUUCCUGGCCUGCGCCUUCUUCUUCGUGGUCGACGUCUACUUCCCCCAGAUCAGCAACGCCGUGGACCGCAAGUACCUGGUCAUCGGCGACCUGCUCUUCUCAGCUCUCUGGACCUUCCUGUGGUUCGUGGGUUUCUGCUUCCUUACCAACCAGUGGGCAGCCACCAACCCGAAGGAUGUGCUGCUGGGAGCGGACUCAGCCCGAGCGGCCAUCACCUUCAGCUUCUUUUCCAUCUUCUCCUGGGGCCUGCUGGCCGCCCUGGCCUACCAGCGCUACAAGGCCGGGGUGGACGACUUUAUGCAGAACUACGCGGACCCCACCCCCGACCCCAGCACAGCCUACGCCUCCUACCCGGGCCCGCCGGUGGACAGCUACCAGCAGCCUCCGUUCACUCAGAACUCGGAGGCCACCGAGGGUUACCAGCCUCCCGUUGUGUACUGAGCCGCCGCAGGGGAUGGUAACGGGGCCGGGAGGGUGCCUG